CACCUUGGCGUCUGUCCGCACUCUAGUCCCGAGACCCGGACGGCAGAUCCGCCAUCCGACUCUGGAGAGCGGGGUUCGAUCCAGAUCCCUCGGGCCACGUGGCUGUGAUUGUGACCCUGGGCAAGUCUCAUCAGCUGGGCCUCAAAUUUCCUUGUGUGGACCAGAGGUUCCAGGGUGGGAUGAGCAAUGUAGUUCUCUCAUCCUGAGCCUUUGUGACUUUAUGGGCAGAGUGACCACACGUCGGUGUUCUCUACAGGUCUUAGUCAUGAACGCCCCAGGAGGAAGGAGGCAGGAAGGUAGAAAGGCCCAUAGACCCCGGGAACAGGACCGAGAUGUGCAGCUGUCUAAGGCUCUGUCCUAUGUCCUACGCCACGGAGCCUUGAAGCUGGGACUUCCCAUGCGAGCUGAUGGCUUUGUACCCCUGCGAUCCCUUCUGCAGCUGCCCCAGUUCCACAGCUUCUCAAUUGAGGAUGUGCAGCGCGUGGUGGAUACAAAUGGAAAGCAGCGGUUCGCCCUGCAGCCAGGCGAGCCCAGCACUGGCCCUCUCAUCAGGGCCAAUCAGGGCCACUCCCUACAAGUACCUGAGUUGGAGCUGAUGCCCCUGGAGACACCACAAGCCCUGCCUUUGAUGCUAGUCCACGGCACAUUCUGGAAGCACUGGCCAUCUAUUCUACUGAAGGGCUUGUCAUGCCAAGGAAGGGUGCACAUCCACUUGGCCUCAGGAUUGCCUGGGGACCCUGGUGUCAUCAGUGGCAUGCGCCCAAAUUGUGACGUGGCAGUGUUCAUCGAUGGACCCCUAGCCCUGGCAGAUGGAAUCCCCUUCUUCCGCUCUGCCAACGGCGUGAUCCUGACUCCAGGGGAUGCUGAAGGCUUCCUGCUUCCCAAGUACUUCAAGGAGGCACUGCAGCUGCGGCCUACCCCAACUGUUGUGUCUACCUCAGGAAAGCCUUUACCCUUGGCUGGUGAUAAAGAAAUGGAGCAUCAUAGUGGCCCCAAGCACAGCUCCAGAGGAGGAGGAAGAAAGAUCCAACAAUAA